ACUAAGGACCUUGUCCAGAUAAAUAUCCCACACAGUCGAGCAGCUCGUCAUUCUCCAAGAAGGCAAGACCACAACUGGUGGCCAAAGCAACAUGGCUCCAUCACUUCUUGCAGCAGCAGGAGGACUUCUGUUACUUUUCUCCUUCUCAUCGGCACAAAUCAGAGGAGACAACAUUGCAUCAUGCACCCCAAAUGACGGCUUUGGAAAGUACUGUCCUACUACAUGUGGAGUGAGUGAUUACCUGCUGAGGUAUAUGCCAGGGGUGAACAAGGAUUUGGACAAUUUGCUACGAGAACUUGAAACAAUUGCCAAUUUGACCCAGGGGGCCGAAUUAACUGUUGUCAACAUGAAAGAUUCUGCUACUUCAGCUCAAAAGAGUUCCCCAUCAGACUCAUACUUCAAAAAGUCCUCAAGUAUGCUGGAUGAUGUUGCUCGAUUUGAAAAGACCAUCAUCACACAGGAACAGCAAAUGUUUGAACUUCAGAAUUUAAUUUCAUCCAAUGAGAGGAGAAUGGCAGAUUUGAAACAACUCUCCGUUGAGCUGAAGCAGAGAUGCAGUGAGCCCUGCAAAGACACAGUUGAGAUCCAGCCCACCACUGGGACAGACUGUCAGGAUGUUGCAAACAAAGGUGCCACCACCAGUGGUCUUUACUAUGUGAAGCCAGCAAAAGCCACAGAACAGUUCCUGGUCUAUUGUGAGAUUGACAACUUCGGACGUGGCUUCACAGUAAUACAGAGGAGACGUGAUGGCAGCGUGGACUUCCGCAAGGACUGGAUCCAGUACAAGAACGGCUUCGGUUAUCUCUCACCAGAUGACACAACUGAGUUCUGGCUUGGCCUAGAGAAGAUGCAUCUCUUGACUGCCACUUCAAGCAUGCCAAAUGUGCUCAGGAUAGAACUUGUUGACUGGGAGGGAAACAAAAAGUAUGCCGACUACAACAUGUUCAGAGUUGGACCAGAGAUCGACAUGUACCGUCUAACAUACGGCUUCUACUUUGGCGGUGAUGCUGGAGAUGCUUUCGAUGGCUAUGACUUUGGUGAUGAUCCCAGUGAUAAGUUCUACACGUCUCACAAUGGCAUGCAGUUCAGUACCCACGACAAGGACAAUGACAAGUACGAUGGCAACUGUGCUGCGCAGGACGGCUCCGGUUGGUGGAUGAACAGAUGUCAUGCUGCACAUUUGAACGGCAAAUACUACCAGGGUGGCAGGUACACGGAGAAGGAUGCAGGUGAAUUUGGCUACGACAACGGCAUUAUUUGGGUCACAUGGCACGACCGCUGGUACUCCCUGAAAGAGACCACCAUGAAGUUCAUUCCCCUCAGUCGCAUCACAGCAGGUGGUGGACAGCAGGCUGGGGAGAAACAGUUUGGUGGACUUGGAGAUGCUUAAAAUGUAGAUUAAUAUGGUUGUGGUCUGUUAAGGCUGCAGUUAAGGUGUUUAGUAAAACAGCACUGAAAUCGCCUUAAAUGAAAUAACACGCCUCCUUGGAAGAUCUCUGAUGUGUCCAUGUUUUGCUGAUCUGACCCAGCAUGGACACUGAUGUUUACAUUUUUCCUUUUCAUCUUCAGCUUUGGCUAAUGCACUAACCAGAUAUGGAUUGUCAUUACUACUUCAUUGGACAGUUUUAGUUUGGACUGAAUGGCUGCCAGUCUGGAGACACAAUCUAGUAAAGUCCAUAUGGCAAGCAGCUGUUUUGUGAAACUAUAUGGAGAUGAGACAAAAGCACCUGGUGAAAAGAAAUAAUCAAAAAUGCUAAAAUAAGAUAUAUGUCUGAAUUGACUGCAAAACCAGAAAUAUACACCUGUAUGUAAUGCAACAGGCUUGAAAUAAAUACCAUUUUAAAUGUA